UUAGAAGUAGGUUUUUUUUUUUUUUUUUUUUUAAUUAUGUUUAUAUAUAAAACCCCAUCACACAAUUCCCAAAAAUUCCAGCUUCCUAAGUUGUUGUUGUGCAUUGAAGAGGAAGACAUCUGAAGCAAAAAAAGAACAAAACAGACAAAACCCUUUCUCCUUAAUUUCCUUUACCCCAACAACACAACCCAUUAUUAUUAUUGUUGUUGUUCAUUCAUUCAUUGAAAGAAUGCUUCUUCCUAUGAGCUGCAUUCUUCUUUUAAUGUGUCUAUUAUUCACACCCCAAAUCAAAGCUUCUUCUACUAAAACUUUCUCAAAUCUUACCUUACCCCACCAACAUCCUUACCCUGAAGCUGUUGUUCAUGAAUUUCAACAGAAAAUCAAUGUAUCACUUUCCAGAAGAGAACUACUCGGAAAAAACCAAGGUUCUUGUUUAACAGGAAACCCAGUCGACGAUUGUUGGAGAUGCGACACAAACUGGGCACAAAACCGUCAAAAGCUAGCAGAAUGUGGAAUCGGAUUCGGACGCGCUGCCAUGGGAGGUAAAAACGGUCAGAUCUACAUCGUAACAGAUUCUUCCGACAAAGACCCAGCAAAUCCAAUUCCAGGAACACUCCGUCACGCCGUAAUUCAAGACGAACCACUCUGGAUAAUCUUCUCUAACGACAUGACAAUAAACCUCCGUCAUGAAUUAAUCUUCAACUCAUUCAAAACUGUCGACGGCCGCGGCGCAAAUGUUCAAAUCACCGGUCACGGUUGUAUCACACUCCAAUACAUCUCAAACAUUAUCAUCCACAACAUUCACGUUCAUCACUGUAAACCAUCUGGUAACACUAACAUACGCGCUAGUCCAACACAUGUUGGAUUCAGAGGAAUAUCAGACGGUGAUGGAAUAUCAAUAUUCGGUUCUCGUAACAUCUGGAUCGAUCAUUGUUCUCUGUCUUAUUGUACUGAUGGUUUAAUUGAUGCGAUAAUGGGUUCAACUGCAAUAACGAUUUCUAAUAAUCAUUUUGCACAUCAUGAUGAAGUUAUGUUAUUAGGUCAUAAUGAUAAGUAUAGUCCUGAUAGAGGAAUGCAAGUUACGAUUGCUUUUAAUCAUUUUGGGGAAGGACUUGUUCAAAGAAUGCCUCGGUGUAGACUUGGUUAUAUUCAUGUUGUCAAUAAUGAUUUUACUCAAUGGGAAAUGUAUGCUAUCGGAGGUAGUGCUAAUCCUACUAUUAACAGUCAGGGUAACCGUUACACCGCUCCUUCCGAUCCAAAUGCUAAAGAGGUGACGAAGCGCGUGGAGACAGAUGAUAAAGAAUGGAGUGGUUGGAAUUGGAGGACGGAUGGGGAUAUAAUGGUAAAUGGGGCGUUCUUUGUACCGUCGGGGGUGGGGAUGAGUGCUCAGUAUGCCGAGGCGUCUAGUGUGCAAGCGAAGUCCGUCGAGCAAAUUGAUCAGCUCACUAUGUACUCCGGUGUAUUCGGUGAUCCCAGGGAUAAUGGAGAUAUAUAUCCCGGUUUCAACGGUGGUGGGACCACAACUGGAGCCUCUAGCAAGGGUUACAAUGAAAAUGGGGGGUCCAGUAGUAGUGACGAUGGAGACUUCUUUGGGAUGAUAUUCAAAGGUAGUACCAGCCAAGCAGCACCGCCACAACCCUACUCAUCAAUUUUAUUUCUUUCAACUUUUUUGUCUCUUUUAAUUAUUUUUAUUUUGGACAUUACCACCAACUAUGAUAUUCUAUUAUUAUUAUUAUUAUGAUCCUACAAUUGGGGUGGGAAAACAAUUCCUUUGAUGAUGCCAAAGAAAAAUUAUCAAAGGGAAAAGAAAGAUCAAAGUUACUAUAAUUUGUUUUUACAAGUUAGAAAUUAGAAAUCAUAUUAUGCACAGCUCUUUGAAAUGCAACCAUAGUUUCUUUUUAGGCUUUUAUAUAUACAACCUAAAUAGAACAAAAAGUGCAAUGUGAUUGGUCAUCAAAAAUGUAUAGUGUAAUGUAAUGUAAGUAUUGAGUUUAGUUUAUUUGCUCA